AUUUACAUAUCAGCCAUGACCACGACACCCCGGAAGGCUUGCCUUACCGACCGCUGACCAAAACCCGAGAGGUUUAACUUAGGCGGACAACUCGCUGUUCGCCAUGUUUGUAAACCUCGGGGGUGACGAGAGCUCCAAGCCCACCUACUUUGAGGUGGUAGCUGCAGACCGCUUGGUGCCCAGCCUGAAAGCAGCAGUCAUUUACGCGCUGUCGGUGUUCUCGCAGCGGCAACCCUGGGUGCACCGCCUGCUCAACUACGAUGACGAGGUUUUCGCGCUGCUCACGCUCGCGCUGGACGGACACAGCCUCUUCAGCACCGACAGCACCUUCUCGGACAGCCUUUACGGGCUGAAGCGGAAACCGCUGCGCCCCGGCGCCUCAGACCGGCUGUCGCGGCGGCAGCGAUGGCUCAUGCUGGCCUGCCAAGUGCUGCUGCCCUACCUCCGCGCCAAGACGGAGAAGGUGUACCGCCACUACGCAGCCACCUCGCCGGGUUCGGGGGUGCUGGGGCUGGCCCUGCGCUACAGCGCGGCACAGGGCUCUGUGGCGGAGGCAGACGACGGUGGCAACAGCGGCGUCGGCCAGGAGGAUGGGAGCUGGAGCCGGCGGCUGCAGCGGGCGUUCGUGGCGUCGUACCCUUGGAUCCAUGCAGGCAUCGAGGGCACCACAUUCGCCUACCACCUGGCCUACCUGCUGGGUGCCAGCCCCGCGCACCAGCCCGUGCUGCAUGCUCUGGGCGUGACCAUGGCGCGGACCUCCGCCAAGGACCUGAUGGACGUGGAAAAGGCCAAACAGGCGCGGCGGCAGGCGCUGCUGACGUCUCUACUCAGCGGGGCGGCCACAGCGGCCCCUGCAUCCGGCAGUGGCACUGGCGGCCCGGCGGGUCGGCGGGCGGCGGCGCUGCUGGCCCGGGCGCGCGGGGGGCUGGUGCGGUGUGUGCUGGGCGCCAGGUGGCUGCUGGAGGACCACGCCCGCAGCGCACUCAUACUGGCGGUGUUCGGGUUCAAGGCGCUGGAGUGGUGGUACACGGCGGCUGAGGACACGCUGGCCAAGGGCAAGGUGCUGCCACUGCCGCCCCCGCCGCCGCCGCCGCGCCCGCUGCCGCCGCCUCUGGGUGUGGGACUGCCAGCCGACCCCUCCGACUGCCCAAUUUGCAGGAAGCGCACCACCAACCCCGCCACGCUGGCCACCAGCGGCUACGUGUUCUGCUACCCCUGCGCCUUCGCGCACGUGCUGGCACACGGCCGCUGCCCGGUGUCCGGGCUGGGCGCGGGGCUGGACCACGUGCGCAAGCUGUACGAGGCGGCGUGAGGGGAUCAGGGGGCAGGGCAUCUUUAUGCAAAACAUAGGAGGAAAAACAGGAAGUGGUGAAGGGAAACGACAUGUGUGGUUGACUGCGUUUUAUUGGGGAGCUUGGUAGGGAGAGGCUGGGAGAGGCCAGACGUGUCAGUGAUGCGACAGGACGCAAGGAACGGAGGGAAGGGGAGGGGAGCCCACACUCAACGGGCUGGGACAGGUCGUUGAGGGGGUAGAGGUGCAUGUGGGAGCGCGUGGGAGUGUUGACCUGCUCGCUGGUGCCGGGUUGCCGCAGCCGCUGGACGACUGGCUGUGGGGAAGGGUGGGGGGGGCGGCCUCGCGGCCACGCGCCCCGAUCCUGCCAGCCACCCGCCCUGCUGCCCGGGCCAGAGACCCACGUGUGGGACUCACCAGGCUUCUAACCACGUGCGGGCUUUCCGGAGUAAUAGCUACAUGCCGCAGGCACGCCGCAGGUUGCACCGACAUUGCGCGACAUUGCGCGACACACGCACCUCGCCUCACAGGCGCGCCCGGACCCGCACUCAGGAGCAGCAGGCAGGUGUCUGCAGGAGCCCCGGCCCGCCCCCCGUGCGGCAGCAGCUGCAGCCGCAAGCGGUAGGAAGCAUUUGGCAUGGCGGUGGUGGCGCACGGGUGGCGAACGCAUGGAUAAGGAGUUGGUGCGAUGGGAUAGGGUAAUGGGCAGGUUGACGUGGUCCCGUCGUGUGCAGUGUAUUCCACGUAGGCACACGCAGCACAGGCGAUAUGGAGGAUACUGGUAGUAUGGAGCGCGUGUGUAGGCGGCGGGCCAGGCCAGGCCAGGUCGGGCGGACCGCAUGCAAGCAUCGGCACACGUGCACAAUGAACGCGGGUUCGGCCCCUGCCAUGGCAACCAGGGAAGAGGCCCUUGCAAGGACGCAGGCGUCACCGUGUACGGCAAUGCGCACCCUCGUUGCAUGCACCUGUGUGCGAGCGGGAAGGGAAGGGAAGCGAGGCCACCCCCGAGGCGGCGGGUGGUGGCAGCAGGCGGAGGGGUCACGGAGAAGGGCGAGGUCGUCGGAGCCUGGCGUGAUUGCCAAGCUGCGAAUUAGAACUAGCCAUACUGUUGUAAUCACAGCUACUG